CUAAAGCCAUGCAGGAGCGUCUGUCCGUGUUCUCCGCUGUCCGUGAGUGAAGUCCAGGCCCGAGUCACCAUGAACGGCAGGGUGCUCGACCGCAACUGCAACCUCAUCCUGAAGGUUGUGGACGAGCGCAUGUGGGCUCUGUUCAGGAGCCACUGGCAGCACACGCUAACCUACUGGAGCGGUUUCUUCAGCUUUGGCCUGUGCCUGGCCCUGCUGGGCCCCACCGUGCUGGACCUGCGCUGCCAGACCCAGGCCACCCUGCAGGGCAUCACCCUGGUCUUCUUCGCCCAGCAGUUCUGUCUCUUCGUGGGCAGCACUGUUGGUGGAUUCUUUAGCAAGUCGUUUGCAUGCUCUUUGUCAUCUCUUGCUGCAUCCACCUUCAUCAUCUCCGUGGUGUUCGCCUUCAUCCCCAUUUGCAGGAAUUUGCCAAUGCUUGCCAUCGCCAUGGCAAUAACUGGGCUUGCCAUGGGCGUCAUCGAUACCAUUUCCAACCUGCAGUUGGUGAAGAUUUACCAGAAAGACUCCACUGUCUUUCUCCAGGCUCUCCACUUCUUUGUAGGUCUCGGAGCGUUGUUGAGUCCCCUCAUCGCCGACCCUUUUCUUUCUGACACCGACUGUGUGUUAGGAAACAGCACCAGCAAUGCCACAUCAAUGAUGAGACACAUGAGGAACAAACUAGCCGGCAGACACGUGUACAAUGUGUCCCACUUCCAGUUCCACACUGAGGGUGAAGUGGUCACCAACGUCUCCUAUGCCUUCUGGAUCAUGGCGCUCAUCAAUCUGCCUGUGCCCAUCGCUGUGUUGGUUCUGAUGUAUCGGGAGCGAGUGCUGACAUGCUGCUCUGAACGCAGCCCACGUCUCCUGGAUGGGGACAUGCACAUGCGCACAAUCAAGAUGCAGAGAGGCUCAGAGCAGGUGGACGUGACCUCACAGGAGCAUCCUGAAUCCACAGGCCACACAAACAUGAUGAACUGCUGUCAACUCAGCAGGCUGAAUGAACUUCCCUUGUCCUUCUUUGGGCUCCAUAUUUUUGGAGGGAUGGUGCUUUUCUUUUCAGAUGGCAUAGUGGGCUCAUACACAGGCUUUGUUUACACAUAUGCUGUGGCUCCACCUCUGAGUCUGCCACACAAGACGGCCGGAUACCUGACCAGCGUUUUCUGGGCGUCCAUCACUGUGGGGCGUCUGGCCUCUAUACCCCUGUCUUACCGUAUUAAACCUGUUCGCCUGCUCACGUUCAACCAGGUUGGUGUGAUAAUCACCCUGUUCCUUCUGCUCAUCCUCUACAUGAGCAGUGUGUUCCUGUUCAUCGGCACCUGUUUUCUGGGUCUCUUUAUCAGCAGUAUCUACCCCUGCAUGCUGGCUUUCACCGAAGACAUCCUGGACUACAAAGGUUGCGCCACUACGGUACUCGUGACCUGUGCUGGGAUGGGGGAGAUGCUCCUGCAGCUGCUCGUAGGAUCGGUCAUCAAUUCAUACGGCAGCUAUAGCUUCUUGCUGUGUGGUAUGAUCUUCGGCUGUAUGGGCUUCACGAUCUUUCUGGUGCUGCUCUUAGUGCAGCAUGUACACAAACAUUACAGGACAGCAGCCACCAAUACAACCUCUCUAGCUGAGAAGCCUGAAGCUAAUGGGGUCAGUCACUAACGGCAGCCCGGUGUUGAAGCUGGACCAAAGGAAGCAAAAUCACACAAACCUUGGCGGCCGUAGUCGGAGACCAUGCAGAGUGAGGAGGAAGGCAGAUGGGACUGUGAUUGGAGUCGCUUGUUGGAGGGACCUGUGAGGAGACGAUGCUCAAAGCCAAAGACAUCAAAAUGAUCAAAUGCCAGGAAAUCAUACAGCACUGUGGAAAAGUCGGAGAAAACCCUUUGUUUAUUUAAUCGCCAGUCAAAAUGGUCAUGAAGCACAAAGCUGGGAUAUUUUACACUUAUAAAGUUCAGUCUUAGAAAUUGGUUACAUCUUUUGUUUCUCAUGAUCCAAGUAACCCAAACACAGUGAUGUUGAGGUCUGGACUCUGAGGUGGUCAGUCCAUU